UAAAAAGCCGCUCGCAGCUGCUCUGGGGGGGGCGGAGUGUCUGCAAAGUGCUGCGCCGAUUGGGGCGCUCGAUCAGGGGGGGGAAGAGAGAUGGCGUGCUUGUUGGAGGCCCCUCUCCGCAUCAGUGUGCUGUCUGAAGUCACUGCCACUAGUCGCCAUUAUGUUGACCGACUGUUUGACCCCGACCCACAGAAAGUGCUGCAGGGCGUCAUUGACAUGAAGAAUGCCGUCAUCGGAAACAACAAGCAGAAGGCCAAUCUGAUUGUCCUCGGAGCGGUGCCGCGGUUACUUUACCUGCUCCAGCAGAGCUCGUCCAGUGAGGAGCUCCGGACCGAGUGUGCCGUGGUGCUGGGCAGCCUGGCCAUGGGCACCGAGAACAACAUCAAGUCCCUGGUGGACUGUCACAUCAUCCCUGCCCUUCUUCAAGGUCUUCUGUGUCCGGACCUGAUCUUCAUCGAAGCCUGUCUUCGAUGUCUCAGGACGGUCUUCAUCAGUCCAGUCACUCCUGUGCAGCUGCUCUAUACUGACCCCACUGUGAUUCCCCAUCUAAUGUCUCUACUGAGCCGCUCACAGAGAACCCAGGAGUACAUCACACAGAUCUUCUCCCACUGUUGUAAGACCCCAGAGCACCAGGCGGUUCUUUUCAACCACGGUGCCAUCCAGAACAUUGCCCCUCUACUUAUCUCCCCCUCUUAUAAGGUAUACGGCCGUCUCUCAGUCCGGAUGCAGGCGUUGAAGUGCUUUUCAGUCCUUGCCUACGAGAACACUCAGGUCUCCAUGACACUGGUGAAUGUGCUGGUGGAUGGCGAGCUGCUCGCUCAGGUAUUUGUCAGAAUGAUGCAAAGGGAUCAACCCAUUGAAAUGCAACUCACCGCAGCCAAGUGUCUAACGUACAUGUGUCGAGCCGGUGCCAUCAGGACAGACAACAGCUGCAUAGUCCUAAAGACCCUGCCGUGCCUGGUACGGAUGUGCAGUAAAGAGCAUUUGCUCGAGGAGAGGGUGGAGGGUGCGGAGACGCUGGCCUACCUGAUGGAGCCCGACGUGGAGCUGCAGAGGAUCGCAAGCACCACCGACCACCUGGUGGCCAUGCUGGCCGACUACUUCAAAUACCCCAGCUCUGUGUCCGCCAUCACGGACAUCAAGAGGCUGGAUCACGACCUGAAGCACGCACACGAGCUGCGACAAGCUGCGUUCAAACUGUACGCCUCGCUCGGCUCCAACGACGAGGACAUUCGCAAAAAGAUCACAGAGACGGAGAACAUGAUGGACCGGAUAGUCAGUGGCCUGUCAGAAUCCAGCAUUAAAGUUCGUUUAGCCGCCGUCAGGUGUCUUCACAGUCUUUCGCGGUCGGUGCAGCAGCUGAGGACGAGCUUCCACGACCAUGCGGUGUGGAAGCCCCUCAUGAAGCUGUUGCAGAACGCCCCGGAUGAAGUCCUGGUCAUGGCCUCCUCUACACUGUGCAAUCUACUGCUGGAGUUCUCACCCAGCAAAGAGCCCAUCCUGGAGUCGGGGGUGAUUGAGUUACUAUGCAGUCUGACCCAGAGCGACAGUCCUGCACUGAGGGUCAAUGGGAUCUGGGCUCUGAUGAACAUGGCGUUCCAGGCGGAUCAGAAGGUGAAGGUGGAGAUCGUUCGGGGUCUGGGUACAGAACAGUUGUUCCGCCUGCUAUCGGACCCCGACGGCAAUGUGCUGAUGAAGACCCUCGGCUUGCUGCGCAAUCUGCUGUCCACACGCCCACACAUCGACCAGAUCAUGAGUUCUCAUGGGAAGCAGAUCAUGCAGGCGGUGACGCUCAUCCUGGAAGCGGAGCGCAGCAUCGAGGUCAAGGAGCAGACGCUGUGCAUCCUCGCCAACGUCGCCGACGGCAACACGGCCAAGGAGCUCAUCAUGACCAAUGAGGACGUGCUCCAGAAAAUCAAAUACUACAUGGGGCACUCGAAUGUGAAACUGCAGCUCGCUGCCACCUUCUGCAUCUCGAAUCUAAUCUGGAAUGAGGACGACGUUCAAGCGGUGGUGAACAGCGACUGUGCCCACAAAGGUUCUCAGGAGCGCCAGGACAAGCUGAGGGAGAUGGGCUUUGUGGACAUCCUGCACAAACUCACCCAGGCGUCUGACCCCAACCUCUGCGACAGGGCGAAGACGGCGAUGCAGCAGUACCUCGCGUGACUCCAGGCGGGAGGGAUUCCAGCCUAACUAACAAUCACCGGGAGGGGACACCUGCCAUCGGCUCAUCUGGUUUGGUUUAACCUCGAGGCUUGUGUUGUUGCACAAAGACUCCUACUUUUGGACCUGCGGCUGGCCUCCUUUCACCUGCCCCCCCCCCCUACCCACCCACCCACCCAACUUCUAACACCACGUCAACAUUUGAGCUCGCCUCAGAACCUCAUCAUGGACACUGAGACCGUGGUUGUUGGGAAAUCAACGGUUAAGAAGGGUUCUCCUGUUUUUUUUUUGUUUCCAUCAAUGAAGUGAUUCUUUAAAAAAAAAAAAAAGUCUUUUUGGGACUUUGUGAUUUGCAAUUCUUAGUUUUUUUCUCCUUUUUGUUGGCGUGCGGCAGCCUGAAACCAGCACCACCGCGGUGCGUCUGGACUCCCAGGAGCGGAGAUUCUGGUCCCCGAGAAGCGGACUACGAGGUUUGACACGAGACUGUUGGACAGCAAAGCUUCCCGGUUUUACUUUUUAAUUAAUUAAUUUAACUACUAAUGUUUCCUUUUUAAGGCGUCGCAAGCAAGGACACAUUUGGCAAAACACAGACUGCCUAUUUUGACAUUUUUUGUGUUUGUCUUUCUUUUCGUUUAUUUUGGGAUACAUACCUCGUAAAUAUAUAAAUAUAUAUAAAUAUAAACAUAAAAUAUAUAUUUUUGGAUUUUUAUUUUUCCCUGACCCUCUUCGUUUUCAUUCAUUCUCUCUGAACCGUGAUUCUCGGCACAGCAGGGCGAGGCCACUGCAGUCUGAUUUCAAGUAUGCAACAUGGAUGAAAAUGGAUGGAUGGAACAUGGUCUCGAGGUGAAUCAGGAAAAGAAAUGCAUUUCCCCUGAUUUAAUUUAAUUUGUAUUCUUAGUUGUGGUUCUGCCCGUCACUUCUGUCCAACAUCCUUACAAUCCCAAUGGGACAUGUAGAACUCUGACCCGCCCAGUUACUAAUGAACAGGUGUGUGUGUGUGUGCGCUAGGUUUCUUUCCUCUGAUGUGUUUGGAGGAAGCGAGUGAGGACAGAGUAGAUGCGAGGAAUAAAGGAAGAACUAUUUGAGACUGGCCCCUGGAGGGUGAAGCAGCAGAAUCCAGCGCAACGUCCCCCCCCCGACCGUAUGAUUUCCUCUCCCACCAGGAUGCUUCUAGAGUUGUUCCACGACAUUUAAAACGCUGCUGACACUGAUAGAAUGAAUGUUACCAUUGAAAAUAUAUGCAGACCUGAAGAAGGA